AUGUUGGAAGAACGUUUCUGCAUAGAGAGGGCAGAGUUGGCAGAUAAAAUGGAUAAUGUGACACUUAUGUACAUGAAACAUGAAAUUAUCAAAUUUAUUUGUGUGAACAGACAUGUAGGGUCCAUCAGAUGGCUGUCACAGGGUGUUCCUGUUGGACAAUUUCUACAAGAUGUGCAAAAUGCACCAAUCGCUGCAAGUGUGAAGAGAAUCCAUUUCCUUGAGAAAAAAGUUUUGCAUAAUGUAAAAAGGGAUUUUGAUAUAGGUUAUGCAAUGAAGAAGCAUGAAAAUGAUGCAAUGAGUGUGAAAUUGUGGGUUGAAGAAAUGAUGGGACAAAGUGACAAGCCAGUACUGUAUUUCAAGCAGCAAAAACAAGUGGAUCCUAGUUUUCAAGAUGAAGACUUCAUUCUUAUUAUAAUAUCAGACUUUCCGGCUGAACAACUUCCAAAGUAUGGAGAAGAUAAAAUAUGUGUAGAUGGCACUCAUGGCAUGACUGCAUACUAUUUUCAACUUUUUACUGUUGUCGUUGUCGAUAAAUAUGGUACUGGAAUGCCAGUUACAUUUUGUUUUUCAAAUAGGGGAGACGUGUGCUUACUGUCUUUUUACUUCAAAUGUGUGAGAGAAAGGGUGGGCACUGUAAAGACCAAUGUGUUUAUGUCUGAUGAUGCACCAGCAUUUUAUAAUGCAUGGUCAGCAGUAAUGGAACCUGUGCCAAACAAGUUGCUGUGUUCUUGGCAUAUACAACGGAACUGGUCUCAGAAUUUAAGGAGAAUUGCGGGAGGUAGUGAGAAAAAAUCAGCAGUGUUUAGAUCACUAAAGCAACUUCAGACUGAACUGGAUAUAGAUGUUUUAGUUGUUGUCUGGAGAAAGUGGUGGAUGACUUAUCGAAUGAUCCAGAUACUGCAGAAUUUGGCAGGUAUUUUCUUAAGAUGUACUGCUAGCAAGUGGAAAAGUGGGCGUAUUACUUUAGGCACCGAUUGGUGCAGUUACUUGGAGUCCCUACAUAAAGUAAUUAAAUACAAUUACCUAGAAGGGAAAAAGGGCAGAAGGCUGGACAAGUCAUUAAACGCUUUGUUAUGUUUAGUGAGAGACAACAUAUAUGGGGGCUUAGUGAAGCUCUCAAAACACAAACAAUGCUCUAGGGCAUCAAGAGUGAAAGCAAGCCACAACAAUAGCUCAGAGAUAACAAAUGGGAUUGUUUUAUGCAGGGGUGAAGGGUUGUGGGAAGUGUUUUCUACCACUGGUUGUGAAGUGUAUGUUGUUGUAAAAAAUUCAGAACUGGAGACCAAAAGUAAAUGUUCACUUAAGUGUAGUAUCUGCAACAUAAGUAUGCAUUUUUAUAAAUGCAGCUGUUUAGACAACAUUUUACAUUUUAACAUAUGUAAGCAUAUACAUGCAUGUGCCAAAUCACUGUCUGGUGCUGUCCAGGAGAGUGAACAGUGUUCCUUGCCCUCUAGUGCAGACAAUGAAUAUGUGUCAGCCUUGCUUUCUGGCAAUUCAGAAAAAUCUGCUGACACAUUUGAACAGGAUGUGAUGUCUCACUGUGAAACUAUAGUUGCACUCAGCAAAGGAACACAGUGUGGACAGGAGACUAAGGCCAAAGUAUUGAUGGGUCUGAAGAAGAUCAUUGGCAAUCUUAAUAAAGAUUUCUCUUUCUCACAAGAAAAUAUAGUAAAUGUGAAUGACAAGAUUGACUCUCAGGCUAGAUUUUUUUCCACAAAGCAGAGAAGGAUUUUGUCAGGGGUGAUGAAGUGUUAA